GGUCAGGAUACAGAGCUCUGGUCUGGAGGAGCGGGCGGUGGCCUAUCAGAGACGACUGUAUGCACAAGUGGCGGCCGGGAAAGGGUGGCCGGCCGGAACUUCCUGGAAACGAACGUCGCGUAUCGGAAAGCGUCAGGGCUGAGCAGGACGGCGGGCACAGGCUAGCGAGAGCUGUGAACCUAGGAUCGCCUUCUCAGCCCGCCUCCGCCUCCCUCAGAGCCCUCUCUCUCUCCGAGUAGAGCAGCAGCAGCAACAACCUCCAGCGGCUCAAGGAAGCGAGCAAGCGAGCGAGGGGAGGCAGUCUAAGGCACAGAGAGACAAAGCGAGGGAGGGAGGGAUGAGGGGGAAAGUGGAAUCACAGGAAGGGAACUGAAGGAAGGAAGGCUGGAGGCAGGAAGGAAGGGAAGGGAAGGGAGUUCAGUAGAGUGGUAGUGGCAGUAGUGUAGCACUGCUUGACUCUUCUCUGUGAGGGAACUGAAGAGAAGAGAAGAAGGAAGAGAGAGAGAGAGUCUGAAGAGCAGCAGCAGGGAGGUAGUCUGGGCUGCUCUGUUUUGCCGGGAGAUUGGAGUGCAGAGGAUGAAUGGAGGCGCUCGAGUUGACUAGGAGGGUGAGUAAACUGUUGAAGAGGAGGGGGCGAGAGAAGCGGAUUGAGAUUUUUGGGUGAGACGAGAGGGGGAGAGGUUUAGGCGCCGCCGGGAGAGAGGAAGAGAGGAAGAGAGGAAGAGAGGGAGGGAUUCUUUCGAUUGAGUGAUUGAUGAUUUUGUAGGGUAGGAAUGGACAGGGGAGGGAUGGCGGCUGCCAAGAUGCCGGAGGUGGGGCUGGGAGUGCCUGGGGCGUGGACUCAGAGGAGGAUUGCAUUCCAUGCGACGAGUACCUUCUCCAGUGCCCCUGCGAUGGAGCCUUUGAAUGACCCUGUUUCGGGGAAUGGCAGUGGAGCAGGUCCAGCAGCGGCAGCCGCUGCUGGAAGCCUUCUGGCCAACAAGCUUAGUAAACAAAACCCCCAGAGGCUUCCCUCGAGUAUGCCUCUUCAAUGGCCCACGGCCCAAAAAAUUGGAGCUGGCCUCUCAAACUUGGGCAACACUUGCUUUUUAAAUUCUGUUUUGCAAUGCCUUACUUACACUCCACCACUCGCCGGUUACCUGCAAAGUGGGCAACACAAAUUGUCAUGUAGAGUAGCAGGUUUUUGUGCUUUCUGCGCUCUUCAGGAACAUGUAUCUCAAGCCUUGACUUCCUCUGGGAGAGUUGUUGCGCCGAACAAGCUGGCGAAAAAUUUGCGCUCUAUUUCUCGAUCUUUUAGAAUGUGUCGGCAGGAGGACGCGCAUGAGUACAUGCGGUACUUGCUUGAGGCCUUGCACAAGUGCUGCAUUCCUCCGGAGCUUGCUUCCACUUCCAGUUCCAAUCCCAAACCCAGUCAAGAUAAGAGUUUGGUGUACAAAAUUUUUGGCGGCCGACUUCGAAGUCAGGUGAAAUGUUCUGUCUGCUAUCAUUGUUCGAACACAUACGACCCCUUUUUAGACCUGAGCCUGGAUAUAGUUCGUGCUGAUUCGUUGACAAAGGCUUUGACCCGCUUCACCGCAGUGGACACACUUGAUGGGGACAAUAAGUAUCGUUGCGCUCACUGCAAGAAGAAAGUUCGUGCUCAAAAGCAGUUCACUAUUGAAACAGUUCCAAACAUCUUGACCAUUCAAUUCAAGAGAUUUAGCAGUACUGGUUCGAUGGGAGGUAAAAUUGACAAGAAGGUCGAUUUUGGAACUACUCUCGACAUGAAGCCUUUUAGUAGCAGCCAGGAAAGCACGCUUAAGUACAGACUCUAUGGAGUACUUGUACAUUCAGGGUGGUCUACACACUCCGGACAUUAUUACUGCUUUGUUCGUACUUCCUCAGACAUUUGGCAUGUUCUUGACGACAGUCGGGUCAGACAAGUAAGUGAGAGAACCGUGCUGGAACAAAAAGCAUACAUGCUUUUCUACGUACGUGAAGUCAAAAGAGAAGCCAUUCCCCCAGCGCAAAGUGCCCCGAAGGCAGUUCCCGCCCCAGCUCCAGUUUCUCCUCCUGUGAUCGCCGCGCCAGCUGUGAUUGUGACCCCGAAAGAGACCAAGAUCGUCUCCAGUCCUACAAGCGGUGAAAUUGUGUUACCGAAGACCAGCAUUGUGGUAAAUAAUGCGAAUGGUGCCCAUGGAUCCACUCAGGAGGUGGAACCUGCGCUAAAGCCGGCUCUGCCCACCCCGUCGGAAGUGGUUGCAAAGCUUCCUUCCCCUGAACCAGAGGCCUCGUCCCUUCCCGUACUGGCCGUACCCGAGGUAGCUGUGGCUGGGGAACCUUGUAUCGAUACAGCAAUCGAUAAGACAACCUCGGUAGAGGCGAGUUGUACAACUAGUGGAAUUGAAAUUGAAGCCGGCGCUGAAGCCGACUGGGACGAGCAUUACAAAAGUGGCAUGAACUCUGCCGUGGGCACACCUCAAAAUAUGCUGAAGUUGCUGCGAGCAAUGCCCCGCACGAGAAGAUACUUCAUGGCCAGAGCCAUGCAAAGGGCCAACAGAGGUUUGCCCAUUCAAAGUACGAGCGUUGUAGCAGUCGAAGCGUCAUCCUCUGCUGUAAGGAAGGACGCCAAGAGGCGUCUUUCUGUGAAUGGAGAAGUUUCAGGAAACAAGAGACAACAAAAGGAUAGUAGUGAAGGGGGGUCAUCUGUCUCAGUGAUUACAUCUGCAGUUCCCAGUGAGAAAGCUGACCAACUCAAGCCUAUCGAUCAAACUGAGAUUGAGGUGGAUGACGCCCCGAACAAUUUGCGAGAGAAGGACUCGCUGAAGGGGGCUAGUGUUAAUCGUCCUUCGGCCAACGGAUUGUCGAAUGGACACGCGGACAAGGUGGAUGAUGGUAACAAGCCAGUGAAAAAUCCUGUCGAGAACGGUAAUGGAGGGAGCUUCCACUCGGCCAGUUCAGCUGAUCAUGAUGCGGAGGCAGUGAACACUAGAGAAGGCCAUCAUUCUGCAGCAGAAUUGAGAGACGAAAGGAGCGAUCCACCUACCUGUCAGCCGAUAGAAGUAGAAAACGGUGGGCCUAGAGAACAUUCACACGGAAACGGUGCCAACAUGGAGAAUGGCUCGAAAAAUACAAAUGGAUCAGCACACCUGACGUACAAGGAUGAUCUCUACGGCGUGGGAGUGCCACGUUGGAACGAAGAUGCGAAUGGUGAAAAAGAGGUUGACAGGCUGCUGAGGGAGUCCGAGAAAGCUCCCACACCGAAACAAGAUUUAUGGGACGCGGAAUAUGAUCGAGGUAGAAGUAAAAAAGUAAGGAGUAAAAUGGUCGUAGAUUCGGAGAGUGCUGAGCCGACCAGUGGGAGAGAGAAUGCUUGUCUCAAGUCCGAGAAUCCGUUUCAAGCUCAUGCGUAUUCGAAACUUGGGAAUGGAACUGGAAACGGAAAUGGAAACGGGAAACGGGUCGGGAAUGGAAUCGGGAACGGUCACAGUUCUGGCAAUGGUUCCAAACCAGGGAAGUAUGGAGUUGUGGGCCCUCAAUCUGCGAAAAGAAGGUUCAAUUAACCUUGUAAACUUGCGAGCGCUUUAUCUGCUAACUUUCAUUAUUAUUAAUAGCAAGUUCCUCGUUUUUGAGGUUCGCUGUAAAUCAUCUGUGGUUGAUAAUUCUGAAGGUUUGACUUCC